AUGUCAAUUUCAAAGAAAGAUCUCGAUCCAGCUUUCCAAGGGGUUGGACAGAAGGCUGGCCUUGAGAUAUGGCGAAUCGAAAAUUUCAAUCCUGUCCCUAUCCCAGAAUCUUCACAUGGAAAAUUUUUCACCGGAGAUUCUUAUAUUGUUCUAAAGACCACUGCCCUGAAGAGUGGUGCAUUUCGUCAUGAUAUUCAUUAUUGGCUUGGCAAAGAUACUAGUCAGGAUGAAGCAGGUACUGCUGCAAUAAAGACUGUCGAAUUAGAUGCAAUGCUAGGGGGUCGAGCUGUUCAGUACCGUGAAGUACAAGGUCACGAAUCGGAGAAGUUUCUAUCAUAUUUUAAACCAUGCAUAAUACCUCAAGAAGGUGGAGUUGCCACAGGCUUCAAGCAUGCCGAGGCUGAAGAGCAUCAAACGCGGUUAUUUGUGUGUCAAGGGAAGCAUGUAGUUCAUGUGAAAGAGGCAACCUUUGCUCGAUCCUCUUUGAACCACGACGAUGUCUUUAUCCUCGACACAAAGUCAAAAAUUUAUCAAUUUAAUGGCUCCAACUCUUGUAUUCAAGAGAGGGCGAAAGCUCUGGAAGUAGUUCAGUACAUUAAAGAUACUUAUCAUGAUGGGAAAUGCGAAGUAGCCGCUGUUGAGGAUGGAAGAUUAAUGGCGGACGCCGAGGCUGGGGAAUUCUGGGCUUUCUUUGGUGGCUUCGCUCCACUUCCAAAGAAAGCAAGCGCGGCCGAAAGAGACAACAUUGAUGGUGGUGUUCCUAAUAAGCUUUACUGCAUCGAAAAGGGGCAGGCAGAACCUGUUGAAGCCGAUUCUUUGACGAAGGAGUUAUUAGACACAAACAAAUGCUAUAUUCUUGACUCUGGGAUAGAAGUCUUUGCUUGGAUAGGGAAGAACACUUCACUUGAGGAAAGAAAAGCUUCAAGCCGUGCAGUCGAUGAACUGCUGCAAAGUUUAGACAGAACUAAGUCUCAUGUGAUCCGUGUGAUCGAGGGGUAUGAGACAGUCAUGUUUCGCUCAAAGUUCGACUCCUGGCCAGAAACAAAGAAUACAGCUGCACCUGAGGAAGGCCGAGGGAGAGUUGCAGCAAUGCUAAGGCGCCAAGGAGUCGAUGUGAAGGGCCUUGUUAAAGAUGAAGCUCCGAUAGAAGAAGACGACGAUCCACACAUAGACUGUGCUGGUGACUUGCAGGUUUGGCGCGUGAAUGGUCGAGAAAAGACCCUUCUUUCAGCUAAUGAUCAGGGGAAGGUUUUCAGCGGAGAUUGCUAUAUCUUUCAGUAUUCGUAUCCCGGCGUAGACAGGGAAGACUACCUUGUAGGGACGUGGUUCGGAAAUCAAAGUGUUGAGGAGGAUAGAGCAGGAGCACUUUCACAGGCUAACAAGAUGAUUGAGGCUCUCAAGCUGUUACCUGCUCAGGCGCGCAUUCACGAAGGAAGCGAACCGGUCAUGCUCUUCGCCAUUUUCCAGAGCUUCAUUGUUUUUAAGGGUGGACUUAGCGAUGGAUACAAGAAGUACAUUGCUGAAAAUGAACUUCCUGACGAUACAUACUCCGAAGAUGGGCGAGCAUUGUUUCGAAUUCAAGGAAGUGGACCGGAGAAUAUGCAAGCAAUCCAAGUCGAACCUGUGGCGUCGUCGUUGAACUCUGCCUACUGUUACAUCCUACAUGACGGCGCAACUGUCUUCGACUGGUCAGGAAGUCUUACAUCGCCUGACAACCAAGAGCUUGCCGAGAGAAACUUAGAUAUUAUAAAGCCAAACAUGCAAUCAAGACAUCUAAAAGAAGGCGUUGAGACCGAGCAAUUUUGGGAGCUAUUAGGAGGAAAAACUGAGCAUCCGAGCCAGAAAAUUACAAGAGAGAAAGAAGGCGAUCCUCACUUGUUCGCGUGCACCAUCUCCAAUGGAGAUCUCAAGGUUACAGAGAUACACAAUUUCAAUCAGGAUGAUCUUUUGACAGAAGAUGUAUUCAUCCUCGACUGCCACUCGGACAUCUUCGUUUGGGUUGGGAAAGAAGUCGACGCGAAGAGCAAGUCGAAAUCUUUGCAGUUUGGGGAGAAAUAUCUCGAGCGCGAUUUUCUCCUCGAAAAAUUAUCUACAAAAACUCCAAUAUAUGUCAUCACGGAAGGGAACGAGCCACAGUUUUUUACACGAUUCUUCACUUGGGAUCCAAAAAAAUGCGCGAUGCACGGCAACUCUUUCGAGCGAAAGCUUUCUCUCAUUAAAGGCACUCCUAUGUUGGAUAAACCGCGAAGAAGAGUAGCUCCGGGGAGAGCAAGCAAUCCCGAAAAAGCACAACGCUCUAGAAGUGUAUGUUUCACCUCGGAGAGGCCUCGUGUAAGAGGCCGUUCUCCGGCAUUCAAUGCUCUAGCCUCGACUUUUGAAAAUCCAAAUGCGAGGAACUUGUCGACGCCUCCUCCAAUGGUUGGAAAAACCUUCCCGAAAUCCAUAAGUCCAACCCCGAUGAUGAAGACAACAGCUUCAAGAUCAGCAGCUAUAGCAGCACUUACCUCCGGCUUCGAGCAACAAAUGCCGGCCCGGAGCUUCCUCAUGCCCCGGUCCCUCAAAGCAGCUAAUGAGUUCCUGAAACCAAAAUCCGAGAGCGUACAAGAAGGCGCGAAGGAGGAGGAAGGCGGUGACAAUGACUCAGGACAGCCAAUAUAUCCAUACGAUCGCCUCAAGACAUCCUCGACCGAUCCUGUUGCGGACAUCGACAUCACCAAACGUGAGAGUUACUUAUCGAAGGAAGAAUUCAUGGAGAAAUUCGGGAUGUCGAAACGGGCAUUCUAUGCAUUGCCGAAAUGGAAACAGGGGAAGCUUAAACUGGCUGUAGAACUGUUCUGA